AUGCGCAUACUAUGUCACGUAUUGAUCACCUCCCCGCGUCUCCCAGCGUUAGUCACUCAUGUCUCUCACUCUCUUGUUCUCUCAUGUUCCUUCCGCGAUUCUCUCGUUCUCUGCAUGUGUGCAGAGGCGUCCUUCACUCUCUCUUUCCAGGAGCGGCUGGACAUCCUCAUUUGCCUCCCUCAUGUCCUCUUCGGUGUUCUCAUGCUUGUGGUGCUUACUGGCCGUAGCCCCCACACUGGUGAUGGUGAAAGGAAUGGGCACAUUCUGCGAUGGGCCGACGAUUGCAUUUCCUCCAAAAGAACUGACCCUCUCAAAGACCCGAGCAUGGACGCCCCGGAUGAUGCUGUGCUGCGCCUGGCCCAGCUGGCUCUGCGCUGCACUGUGCAACGCACUGCAAGCCGGCCCAACAUGGCAGACAUUGCCAACGAGCUGCAGGGAAUCAGGCACGAGGUGGUGGGGAAGGAGGAGCUCAGUGCAGCAGUUAAGGUGGAUGAGCAAGCAGAGGGGAUGCGAAGUGGGACAUCAUACCCCAAUAACCUGGCUGCAAUGUUGCAAGCUAUUAAGGGCAUGGAGGAAGACAAAUAA